AUGUGGCUAAAAAGCAAAUACACCGCGGUGGCUCUUCUCGCCGCACCGGCGGCAGCCGUCACACAGAUAUCCAACGAUGAAAUGACCAACUUCCUAAGCCAAGGCGCUGUCGAGCUCGCUACCCGUUACGCACCUCUCUGGUUCUUCGGCCAGGCAGUGGAUCAACCUCCCUGUUAUCCGACCUGGGCUUUCAGCGGCUCGCCCAACUCGUCGGACAUUUACGGCGCGGCUCACAAAACACCCGCUGCACCACAGUGCGAGUAUCCAGACGUGGGCUGUGGAUGUCGCAAACCUGGAGUAGCAACAGGGAAUCCUGGUCCUGCAUUUCCCAUCUACUACACGUUUAAGCAGUGCAACGAGACCGAUGUCCGAGUGGUGUAUAACCUGUUCUAUGAAAAGGACGGGGCCGAGGUGCUGGAUCUGAUUGACACCGGCCAUGACUAUGACUGGGAACGAGUCGUCAUCAUUCACUCACGAAAUGCGAACAACACCUGGCAACCUUCUCGUGCGCUCCUGUCGGCCCAUAGCGGUUACCAUAAUCUGGCCUGGGGCAGCAUCCAUAGCACUUUGACCACAGAGCAAAUAAACGCUGGGGACGCUCGAAAUCCCGAUGGUGUCAAGAAUAAUGACCAUCCAAAGGUGUAUGUGUCGUGGUCGAAGCAUGCACAUUUCGACACCGUCUUGACUACUUGGCUCGAUCCGCUCAGCCAGUCACUCGAUAAUGCGUUUCGCAGCAAUGACUGGUGGCACUUUGUCGACCAGAAGUACUAUAUACGAUCGGAUAACUCGACCGCAGCUGGGAUAGCAUUCAACAGUACGGACUGGGGGUCAGCGACGAGUAAUCCGCCAUACCUAACCAAGCCAGUCCCAACUCACAAAACCUCAACAACAAUGUCGUGGUACCAAAAGACCUUCACCCUGCCAGCCCGCUCACGCGGCAGCUACCUCAUCACGGACGAGGUGCUCGAGCAACUCCCCGAGAUCAAGAACUACAAGGUCGGCAUGCUGAACCUGUUCGUGCAGCACACGAGCUGCGCGCUGUCACUGAACGAGAACUGGGAUGACGAUGUGCGCGCGGAUAUGAGCGAUGCGCUGGAUCGAAUCGCUCCGUAUGAUAAGAAGGGCAAUCUUUAUAGACAUUCGGCUGAGGGGGAGGAUGAUAUGCCGGCUCAUAUCAAGUCCGCGUUGAUUGGCGCUUCGGUUACGAUUCCCAUCUCGAAUGGUCGCUUGGCUACGGGUACGUGGCAGGGUAUUUGGUACUUGGAGUUUAGGGCUAUGAGACACUCUCGGAAGGUGGUUGCUACGAUUCAGGGUGAGAAGGCUUGA